UCUACGAGAGGAGAGCCUCUCGAUGAUCGCAACAAUCGUCAUAUUUCUCGUUUGCUUUAUAAAUUGGCUGCACUCACUGUUUAUGUCGGUGCAGACCGACUGAAACUCCGACGAGCGAAUGUUUCCCCGUAAAUGUACGUUGAAACAUUCACCCUCGAGUGGCGGAAAAAGAGCGAAUCGGUCCGACCCGGAUUAUUGUUGAUAGCUUAGCAAGCUAGCUAACCAGCUAGCUGACAAGCCAGUCGAGUUCCUCCUGGAGGAUCUGCGCGAGAGAAGAAAGGGGGAGCUAGAGACGCGGACACGGACCGAGCACAUUCCGCUCCUUUUGGACGCCCCAUCCGAAGAUUAAAGGAGUGGAACUUUUUUUAUCUGAAAUGUCAGUGAGUCCACCCGAGACUGCACAGAGUUCUUCAAAAAGUCUUACUUGAGAGGUCAAGGACACCUAGCAAGAAAAGGAGUCGGGAGAUGUGAGGACGGGUGUCGUUCAUCGGCCCCCUGAUCUACCUGUGUAUAAACACACACCCCCACCCUCACCUUCAGCAUGAAUGGGGAUAUGCCUCAUGUUCCCAUCACCACUCUUGCUGGGAUCGCUAGCCUCACCGACUUGUUGAACCAGCUGCCCCUCCCUUCCCCUCUCCCCGCCACCACCACUAAGAGCCUCCUAUACAAUGGGAGGAUCGCAGAGGAAGUUACCUGCCUACUGGGCUGUCGGGAUGAGAAUCUGGCCUCCCAGCUGGCCCAUGGCCUCAACCAGGUGUCCACAGAGCACAUAGAGCUGAAGGACAACCUGGGAAGCGAUGAGCCAGAGGGAGAUGCACCACUGCUGCUGCAGACCAUGCUGGCCAGGAACCCUGGCAUCUUCAGGGAGAAAAAUGUUAUGCAGCAGCCAAUGGUACCAACGUACAAGAUCACCCAAAAUUCCUUGCAUAGCCCGGCCCAACCUGCAAACUUCCAGCCGGCUGCAAUGUCUCCUAACCCACCAAGUCGGUUUGUUGCUCCCCAGACUGGUUCCAGUAGUCGGUACAUGGGCCAGAACAGUCCAGUACCCAGCCCCUACACUCCCCAGAGCCCUACCCCUGGUUACAUACAGCCGUAUCCCCAUCAACAACCACCCAGCUAUAACCAACACCAACAGAUACAACAAGUGUCUGUGGCCAGUCCCAUGGGUCCAGGUGGCAUACGAAAUAUCCACGAGGGCAAAGUAUCGGGGCAGAUGGCCAACGCUGCCAACCACCUCUCGGACAGACAUGGCACGGAGGACUACAUGAACAUUGUACACCGACUGGGCAAUGAGGAGGGUGACUCCGCCAUGAGAAAUCCUUCUUUCUCUCUGAGGUCUCCACAGUCCGGCUGCUCCCCAGCAGGGAGUGAAGGAACACCCAAAUCAGGUUCUCGUCCCCCGCUGAUUCUGCAGUCACCACCUCCCUAUGCGCCCUCACCGAGGGAGGGAGGCCCUGCCCAGAACCUGCAGCUCCAGCAAAGGAAGAAGGGGCCCGCUGUGAAAGAGGAGAAAGAUUUGUACGACAUAGUGAGCUCUCCAAACAAGGACUCUUCAAAACUCACCCUCAAAUUGUCCAGGGUCAAGUCAAAUGAGUCCGAUACCCCAGGUGAUACUCUGCCGGGAAUGGACGAGAACUCUGACAAUAUGGAGGCGGAACUGGGCUUUCAGCAGGUGCCUGUCCUCCAGCAAAAUCUAGCUCGGCUGCAACAGCAGCAAGCUUGUGGUGCGAGUGGUCUCCAGCCUCCCAGUUCCCCGUACGACGAGGCAGAGUUGGAUGCCCUCGCUGAAAUUGAAAGGAUAGAACGAGAGGCGGCGAGUGAGAAGUGCUCCAAGGAGGUUCAAGAUAAAGACAAGCCACUGAAGAAGAGAAAACAGGACUCCUUUCCCCUGGAGCCAGGCGCAGGGGGACCAGGUGGCCCCACAGGUGCCCCAGGCAGUGGAUCAACAGGAGGGGGCAAUGCUGGCAAACUGACCCCGCAAGAGGCCACCGCAGCUGGGAACGGUGCCAGCCGCCCUCCCCUCAUGGUGAGCAUCGACCUCCAGCAGGCUGGCCGAGCUGAUGGCCAGCUCGACCCCUGUCUGGCCGCCCCUAUGCCAGCCCUUGAGGCCCAACGCUGGCCUGAAGAACCAGCUAGUGGGCCGGCUGCAGUGGAGGGUUCUGACACGGCGUUGCGGUUGAAACCAGAUGGGCGACCCGAAGUCAUCAAGAACAGGGUCGAUCAACAUGACAGCAGGAGAGACGGUCGGGAGUCAUCACAGCACCGACACGACGAGAAGUCCUCUGACAGACGGGGAGAGAUGCCAAAGUCCUCGAACCGAGGCGAUCACGGACGAGACAGGGACCGAGAAGCUGACAAAGAUAGGAGGCAUCGAAGCGAGACAGGCGGCCGAGACCGACGCUCCCCUGACUCGCGCUGUCGAAGUGACAGAGAUAGGUACCGGGCUCCUUCCACUGGGGAGCCGGGUCGGAGCGGCAGUCGGCAUGAUGGUUCCAAACCGGCGGCCUCUGCCUCUGGUGCUAAACUUCCAGAUUGUUUCCCUGCUCAGCUCCUUGGAGGGCAUAGUGGCGCGCUGAAGAACUUCCAGAUCCCUAAGAUCAAACGUGAUAAGGACGACAGUGGGCCAAACGAAAGUCAGAUGUGGGGACAGCCCAAGGUUAAACUGGAGAGGCUCGGUUUGGUGCAGGACUUUGAGAAAAGGCCCAAGCCUGUAGUGGUUCUGAAAAAGCUGUCCGUGGACCAGAUCCAGAGGAUCAUCAGACACAGCAAGUCUGGAAAGAACCGGAUCUCUUCAGUGAGGUCCAGUAAAGCUUCAGGGGGUAUGGACCCGGAUGUUCUGAAGGAGCUGCCACCAGAGUUGCUGGCCGAGAUUGAGUCAACCAUGCCCCUGUGUGAAAGGGUCAAGGUGAACAAGAGGAAACGAAGCACUGUAAAUGAGAAGCCCAAAUAUGCUGAGGUCAGCUCGGAUGAAGACUACGACGCAAAUGGAGAGUCUGCAAAGAAGCGCCAGCGCAGAGACAAAGACAGGUCCUGGGACGUGGAAGAAAGAGACCGACGGGGUUCAGGGGAACAUCGGAAAAGUGGGAACCGGGACAGCCGACGAGGCUCAGGGAGCCGCUACCGAGACUCCUCCGAUGAACACUCGCCGCCACCCAGCAUGACUGAAAUUGCCAGAAAAAUGAAGAUAAAGGAGAAGCAGAAGAAACGGAAAGCAUAUGAACCCAAGCUCACCCAGGAAGAGCUGAUGGACUCGUCCACAUUCAAGAGGUUCUUGAACAGUAUUGACAACAUACUGGAGAAUCUGGAGGAUCUGGAUUUCACUGCCAUUGCAGCGCAAGAUGAUGAUGAGAUACCUCAAGAAUUUCUGCUUGGCAAACACCAACUGAGUGAACUGGGCAGCGAGUCCGCCAAGAUAAAGGCCAUGGGCAUCUCCAGCAGGAUCCCGUCCGAGAAGCUGGUGAAACUGCUGAACAUACUAGAAAAGAAUAUCCUGGAUGGGUCCAAGCUCUCCACCAUGAUGAGCCAUGACCACGAUGCGGAAGAUGAGGAGAAACUUUGGCGAGACCUGAUAAUGGAGAGAGUCACGCAGUCAGCGGACGCCUGUCUGACAGCUCUGCACAUCAUGACCUCCGGGCACAUGCCGAAGGCCGUCUACAUCGAAGACGUCAUCGAGAGGGUGCUGCAAUACACCAAGUUCCAUCUCCAGAACACACUGUAUCCACAAUACGACCCCGUCUACAGGGUGGACCAUGGAGGUGGCCUGUUAAGCUCCAGGGCAAAGCGUGCAAAGUGCUCCACGCACAAGCAGCGCGUGAUUGUCAUGUUGUACAAUAAAGUGUGCGACAUUGUCAGCAACAUCGCAGAGCUCCUGGAGAUCCAGCUUCUUACAGACACCACCAUCCUCCAGGUUUCUUCUAUGGGAAUCACUCCGUUCUUUGUGGAGAAUGUCAGUGAGCUGCAGUUGUGUGCCAUUAAACUAGUUACAGCAGUGUUCUCGCGUUAUGAGAAGCAUCGACAGUUGAUCUUGGAGGAGAUUUUUACCUCUCUGGCCAGACUGCCCACCAGCAAGCGCUCUCUUAGGAAUUUCAGGCUGAACAGCUCGGACCAGGAUGGAGAGCCAUUGUACAUCCAAAUGGUGACGGCUCUGGUGCUGCAGCUGAUCCAGUGUGUGGUCCACCUCCCCUACGACAAAGACAUUUUCGACGAGUACGAGAGCAAGGUGGAUCAAGAUGUGUUGAUAACCAACUCGUAUGAGACGGCAAUGAGAACAGCACAAAACUUCCUCUCAGUCUUCCUCAAAAAAUGUGGCAGCAAGCAGGCAGAAGAAGAUUACCGGCCAUUGUUUGAGAACUUUGUCCAGGACCUGCUCUCGACAGUAAACAAACCCGAGUGGCCUGCAGCAGAGCUGCUGCUCAGUCUGCUGGGUCGACUACUGGUCCACCAGUUCAGUAACAAGCAGACGGAGAUGGCUCUGAGAGUGGCAUCCCUGGACUACCUGGGCACGGUGGCUGCCCGCUUGAGGAAGGAUGGCGUCACCAGCAAGAUGGACCAGAGAUCAAUUGAUCGAAUCCUGCAAGAGUCUCAAGGUAGUGACGAGACCCAGAAGCUGCAGAAGGCCCUACUGGACUACAUGGAGGAGAAUGCUGAGACCGAUGCCUCCCUGGUGUUUGCCAGAAAGUUCUACGUUGCCCAGUGGUUUCGGGACGCCACCACAGAAGCUGAGAAGUCCAUGAGGAACCAGAACUCCAAGGAUGACGACUCAUCGGACGGACCCCAACAUGCCAAGGAGAUGGAGGCCACGGGCGACAUUCUGCAGCGUGCCGAGAAGCGCAAGAAGUUCCUGCGCAACAUCAUCAAGGCGACGCCGGCUCAUUUUGCCACACUGAAAAUGAACUCUGACACUGUGGAUUAUGAGGACUCCUGUCUGAUUGUGCGUUAUUUGGCCUCCAUGAGGCCGUUCGCCCAGAGCUUUGAUAUUUAUUUAACACAGAUCUUGCGAGUCCUUGGGGAGAGUGCCAUUGCUGUCAGAACUAAAGCCAUGAAAUGUCUGUCUGAGGUUGUGGCUGUGGACCCCAGCAUACUGGCACGGUCCGACAUGCAGCGUGGUGUCCACGGUCGUUUGAUGGACAACUCUACCAGUGUGAGAGAGGCAGCUGUGGAGCUGCUGGGCAAGUUUGUGCUGAGCAGACCGCAACUCACCGAGCAGUACUAUGACAUGCUCAUAGAGAGGAUACUGGACACUGGUAUCAGUGUAAGAAAGCGGGUGAUCAAGAUCCUCAGAGACAUCUGUCUGGAGCAGCCAACCUUCAACAAGAUUACUGAGAUGUGUGUGAGGAUGAUCCGCAGGGUCAAUGAUGAGGAAGGUAUCAAGAAACUGGUGAAUGAGACAUUCCAGAAGUUGUGGUUUACUCCGACUCUAAAUCAAGACAAAGAGACCAUGACCAGAAAGAUCCUCAACAUCACUGAUGUGGUUGCGGCAUGUCGAGACACCGGCUACGACUGGUUUGAGCAGCUUCUUUCGAAUCUUCUCAAGUCUGAAGAGGAUGCGUCGUACAAGCCGGCCAAGAAAGCCUGCAUUCAGCUCGUGGACAAUCUGGUGGAACACAUACUCAAAUACGAGGAGACGCUUUCGGAGAACAAAGGUGUCAACUCAACACGGCUUGUGGCGUGCAUCACCACCUUGUACUUAUUCAGCAAGAUCAGGGCCCAGCUCAUGGUCAAACACGCCAUGACCAUGCAACCCUACCUGACCACCAAGUGUAACACUGCCAACGACUUCAUGGUCAUCUGCAACGUGGCAAAGAUCUUGGAGCUUGUGGUUCCUCUGAUGGAGCACCCCAGUGAAACUUACCUGGCCACGAUCGAAGAAGACCUCAUGAAGCUGAUUAUCAAAUACGGCAUGACGGUGGUCCAGCACUGUGUGAGCUGUCUUGGAGCUGUUGUCAACAAAGUCACGCACAACUAUAAGUUUGUCUGGGCGUGCUUCAACAGAUUCUAUGGUGCACUUAACAAGCUGAAGGUUCAGCAUCACGAGGAUCCCAACAGCACCACGUUGGUAGCAAACAAGCCUUUCCUGCUGCGAUCGCUCUUCACUGUGGGAGCCCUGGCCCGGCAUUUUGAUUUUGACCUGGAGAAGUUCAAGGGCACAAACAAGGUUGUUAUCAAGGAGAAAGUUCUCGAGCUGCUGGUAUACUUCACUAAACAUGAGGACGAGGAGGUCAAGACCAAAGCCAUCAUCGGCUUAGGCUUCCUUGUGAUCAUGCAUCCCAGCCAGAUGUUUAUGCCUGAGGUGAAGACCUUGUACAACGGCAUCCUGGCUGACAGGGCCUCCUCAAUCAACCUCAAAAUCCAGGUCCUCAAAAACCUCCAGACGUACCUUCAGGAGGAAGACACGCGGAUGCAGGCGGCAGACAGAGAAUGGAAGAAACUGUCCAAACAGGAGGAUCUGAAGGAGAUGGGCGACAUCUCUUCAGGGAUGAGCAGCUCCAUCAUGCAGCUGUAUCUGAAGCAGGUGCUGGAGGUCUUCUUCCACACCCAGGCCAGUGUACGGCACUUUGCUCUCAACGUCAUCGCGCUCACACUCAACCAGGGUCUCAUCCAUCCGGUGCAGUGUGUACCCUACCUCAUUGCAAUGGCAACAGACCCGGAGCUCAGCAUGAGGAACAAAUCUGACCAGCAGUUGGUGGAGAUUGACAAGAAGUACACAGGAUUCAUCCAUAUGAAGGCCGUGGCUGGGAUGAAGAUGUCAUACAACCUGCAGCAGGCCAUCGAGUCGUCUCGUCGGACCAUCAUAAGAGGCUUCCGCCAGGACGAGACGCACACGGCCCUCUGCGCCCACCUCUUCUCGAUGAUCCGGGGGAACCGGUCGCACCGGAGGGCUUUCCUCAUCUCGCUGCUGAACCUCUUCGAUGACAGUUCUAGGACGGAAGUAAACAUGCUGCUGUUCGUAGCAGACAACAUGGCCUGUUUCCCCUACCAGAGCCAGGAGGAGCCUCUUUUCAUCAUGCACCACAUAGACAUCACCCUGUCGGUCUCCGGUAGCAACCUUUUGCAAACCUUCAAAGAGCUUCUGCUGAAGGAGCCGAGGCGUAAGGAGAAGAAGGUAAAGGUGUGGAAGAACCCGUCGGAUGGAGAGAAUGAAGAGGAAAGAAUGAACUGCGAUUCUCCUCGGAGCGAUGGGGAAGAAAACAGCGACAACGACGGCGUGGUACGGCAGCCCAAAAAGGCCAGACAACCUGUGGUUGACCCGGAGAGCUCAGAGUCCGAAUCCGAUCUGGACGAUUUGGAUCUCCAGGACGUGGAAAAAGUGAUGCGGCUCGUCCCGGACAAUCCCAUCGGGCUCUUGGACUUUGCUAACGCUGUUCAAGGCAUCCUGUUGCUGCUGGUGCUCAAACAGCACCUGAAGAACCAAUAUGGAUUCUCUGACGGUAAAAUUCAGAAGUACUGUCCGACAGAGUCGGCCAAGGUGUACGAUAAGGCAGUGAACAAGAAAAGCACAGUGAUCUUCCACCCACGACAAACCAUCGACUUCAUCGCCAACAACAUGGCUCGCGCCACGCUGUCAACGGAAGUGAAGAAGCGGAUCGUCAGACAGUACCUAGACUUCAAGGUUCUGAUGGAACAUCUGGACCCAGAUGAGGACGAUGAGGAGGGAGAAGCGUCCGCCAGCGCCAACAUCAGAAACAAAGCCAUAAGCGCCCUACUGGGGUGCUCUGGCCCCAUGUCAGGACCCUGUCCGCGCACUCAGGCCGGCCCAGAGACCGAUGACGAUUAUAGUGACGGAGACGAAAGGACGCCAGGGUCCUCUCGACGGUCAAGGCGAGCAGGUGACUCCAUGAACGAGACAGUGGAAUCGAUGGAUGUGAUUGCCCUGUCCUGCCCCAAAUACAAGGAUCGGCCGCAAAUAGCGCGCGUCAUCCAGAAGACCUCCCACGGGUACAGCAUCCACUGGAUGGCCGGCUCCUACUCGGGGCCGUGGGCAGAGGCCAAGAAACGCGACGGCCGCAAACUGGUGCCUUGGGUGGACACUAUUAAGGAAUCGGACAUCAUUUACAAGAAGAUUGCCUUGACCAGCAACCACAAACUGAGCAACAAAAUAGUGCAGACUUUACGCUCACUGUAUGCAGCGCGGGAAGGAGGAGCUAGCUAAUGGCUCCCGUGUGGUGGGUUUUUUUCCUCUUUUUUUUUUAAUCCCCCUUCUCCAUUUCUACUUUCUCAAAAUCCCCCUCUUCCCUGCUCCUACUCCUCCUCAACCUGCCACCUCCAACAACACAGCCAAACUUCACUGGAUUCCUCCCCUGCUCCUCUCCUUCCUCAUUUUUGUAAGAAAACACAGGAGGGCAAGAAUAUUUGACACUACAUACUUUUACAUGAGUUAUUCUUGCAAAAAUGAUACAAAACAUUAGACUUAUUAUAUUAGAGGGACUGCUCACGUUUUGUUGGUGUACAAGUGCAGAGGAUAGAAUCCGGAAGGCAUUAAAGGAAUAAUUCACCCCAAUUAUCCCUUAAAAAGGCUAUCAGAAAGAGACCUGGAGGGAAAUGUUUUGUCAACAUUGUUGUGGGAGCUCCUUCGCUGUUGUGCAGCAGAUUCUAGUCGCUCAUUUCUACUCCCACUGUAUCAUAGUUUAACACAACAAAAACCUAAAAUGUUUAUAUCUCUGAAGACAAAAAAGCUGUAAAAAAAAGAAUAAAACCUUAAGUGAAUGUUGGAAAUUAGUCUUUUUGAUGUUCUUAUUAAAGUGUUUUUGGAGUUUAUUAUAUACUAGCACCCUGAUGGUUUUUUCCUUUUAGCUUUUAGAUAUUUGAAGGAAAAAGAAAAAAAUAUGAAUUUUUAUUUUUGUUCACUUUUAUUUGUCCAUGCUGUACAAUGGCAGAGUCCUCUGAACAUAAUUUAUUCUAUUUCGAACUACGCAUGCAGUAUAUGUGGCCUAUUGCAGGAGGAUAUUUUGUAAAUGUAGAUUUUGCUGUAUUAGGUCACCCUAUUAAUAAGAGGAAAGGGGAUUCAUACCCUUUUGGUGGAACAAAUACUGCAAUAAAUUUUCUACUUCUCUUUGUCA